GGCUUUUCUUUCUUUCUUUUUUUCUUUUUUUGUGCACCAGAAAUUGGCUUUUAAACUAAAAUAUAUCUGAUAAAAAGCCAAAACUAGAAAUAUCUGAAUUAGGGGUUUCCCAAAAUCGCAAGCUUUGUCUUCAUCGUGUCUAGUCAAAAAAUUGUAAUCCAGUAUCUGGUAACGUCUUCGAUCGUGAUUGCGAAAUUGAGCUAUCGAUUGCUUCUCAGAGUUGACUAAGAAGGAGGGGGAGAUCGGAGAUGGAAUCUGAGGUUGUUUCGAAGCCGCAUAGGCUCAAGUAUGACGUCUUCCUCAGUUUCCGAGGCGCAGACACGCGCGAUAACUUCGGAGGGCGUCUCUAUGAAGCGCUAAUGAAAAAGGUUCGGGUCUUCCGCGACAACGAAGGUAUGAAACGCGGGGAUGAGAUCGGUUCAAGUCUUCAGGCAAGCAUGGAGGACUCUGCUGCUUCGGUCAUCGUCUUAUCGCCUAACUAUGCUAACUCUCACUGGUGCUUAGAUGAAUUAGCUAUGCUCUGCGAUCUUAAAUCAUCAUCUCUGGAUCGUCGCAUGUUACCUGUUUUUUAUAUGGUCGAUCCCUCGCAUGUCCGCAAACAGAGCGGCGAUUUCGACAAGGAUUUUCAAAAACUCGCCAAAACAUUUAGCGAGGCGGAGAUAAAACGAUGGAAAGACGCUAUGAAAUUAGUUGGAAAUCUUGCUGGAUAUGUUUGCCACAAGGACUCGAAGGAGGAUGAUAUAAUAGAGCUUGUGGUGAAAAGGGUUUUAGCUGAAUUGAGCAAUACACCAGAGAAAGUGGGAGAAUACAUUGUGGGCCUAGAAUCACCUAUGAAGGAUUUGAUGGACCUGAUCGUCGCUGAAUCCAGUUCUGGCGUACAAGUCUUGGGACUUUAUGGUAUGGGUGGUAUUGGCAAGACUACCCUUGCAAAAGCCUUUUAUAACAAGAUUGUCGGAAACUUCAAGCAACGAGCUUUCAUCUCAGACAUUAGAGAAAGAUCAUCAGCCGAAGAUGGGUUAGUCAAUCUUCAAAAAUCUCUCAUCAAGGAACUUUUUCGUUUGGUAACUGAAAUAGAGGAUGUUAGCAGAGGCCUGGAAAAGAUAAAGGAAAAUGUUCAUGAUAAGAAGAUUAUUGUGGUUUUAGAUGAUGUUGAUCACAUAGACCAGGUUAAUGCCUUGGUUGGCGAAACAAGAUGGUAUGGUCAAGGAACUCUUAUAGUCAUCACUACUAGAGAUUCUGAGAUUCUGAGUAAGCUCUCAGUGAACCAACAGUAUGAGGUCAAGUGCUUGACUGAGUCGCAGGCGUUGCAACUGUUUAGUUAUCAUUCACUACGAAAAGAAAAACCAACAGAUAAUUUGAUGGAGUUAUCCACGAAGAUUGUCCGGAUUUCGGGACUAUUGCCGCUGGCAGUUGAAGUGUUUGGAUCCCUUUUGUAUGACAAGAAGGAGGAAAAGGAAUGGCAAACUCAACUGGAUAAGCUGAAAAAGACCCAACCAGGCAAUCUUCAGGAUGUUCUGGCACUGAGUUUCGAAUCUUUAGACGAUGAAGAAAAGAAAGUAUUCCUCGACAUUGCCUGUCUCUUUCUCAGAAUGCAAAUAACAAAAGAAGAAGUUGUUGAGGUUUUGAAAGGAUGUGGAUUUAACGCUGAGGCUGCUCUAAGUGUCCUCAGGCAGAAAUCUCUUGUUAAGAUCUUCGCAAAUGAUACUCUUUGGAUGCAUGAUCAGAUUAGAGACAUGGGUAGGAAGAUGGACCUUACUGAAAUUCAUGGGGAUCCUAGCAUACGAAGUAGACUCUGGGAUCGUGCUGAAAUUAUGACUGUGUUGAACAAUAUGAAGGGAACAUCAUCCAUCCAAGGAAUCGUAUUUGACUUCAAAAAGAAGCCUGCUUGGGACCCGAGUGCAGAAGAUAUUGCGUUGAGGAAUCUACAGAAAAGUCCGGGCAUCAAAUCUGUGUAUAGUUACCUGAAGAAUAAAUUUAUACCAUUUCGAGAAGAGGAAAAGCCAAAAAGUUCUGAAAUUACAAUUCGGGUAGAGCCUUUCGUACCAAUGAUUAAGUUGAGACUUCUUCAGAUUAAUCAUGUGAACCUGGAAGGGAAUCUAAAACUUCUCCCACCUGAACUCAAGUGGAUACAGUGGAAAGGUUGCCCAUUAGAAAAUCUCCCUCCAGAUUUUCUUGCUGGGCAACUUGCUGUUCUUGAUCUUUCAGAGAGUCGAAUAAGACGAGUCCAAAGUUUGCGUAGCAAAGGGGUUGAUGAGAACUUGAAGGUUAUAAAUUUGCGUGGUUGCCACAGCUUAGAAGCCAUUCCGGAUUUGUCAAACCAUAAAGCCCUAGAGAAGCUUGUUUUUGAGCGAUGCAACCUUCUGGUGAAGGUUCCUAGAUCAGUUGGUAAUCUGAGAAAAUUGCUUCAGCUGGACCUCAGAAGGUGCUCAAAGCUUUCUGAAUUUCUUGAGGAUGUUUCUGAACUGAAGUGUCUUGAAAAACUUUUCCUCUCUGGCUGUUCAAAUCUAAGCGUGUUACCAGAAAACAUUGGUUCCAUGCCAUGUUUGAAAGAGCUUCUUCUUGAUGGAACUGCGAUAAGUAACUUACCGGACUCUAUUUUUUGCCUCCAAAAGCUUGAAAAGCUUAGUCUAAUGGGUUGCAGGUCUAUUCAAGAGCUACCUACGUGCGUAGGAAAAUUGACAUCACUGGAAGAGCUAUAUCUUGAUGAUACCGCUUUGCAAAAUCUUCCAGAUUCUAUUGGAAAUCUAAAAAAUCUCCAGAAGCUGCAUUUCAUGCACUGUGCAUCCCUUUCUAAGAUACCUGACACUAUCAAUGAGCUCAAAUCAUUGAAGGAAUUAUUUCUCAAUGGAAGCGCAGUGGAGGAGCUACCUCUAAACCCUGGCUCACUGCCAGAUUUGUCUGACUUAUCAGCAGGAGGUUGCAAAUUUCUGAAACAUGUUCCGAGUUCAAUUGGUGGAUUAAAUUAUCUUCUUCAACUUCAGUUGGAUAGGACCCCAAUUGAAACUCUACCAGAGGAGAUUGGUGACUUGCAUUUUCUUCACAAACUUGAGUUGAGGAAUUGCAAAUCUCUGAAGGGUCUACCUGAAUCAAUCAAAGAUAUGGAUCAACUCCACAGCUUAUACCUUGAAGGCUCUAACAUUGAGAAUUUGCCGGAAGAUUUUGGCAAGCUGGAAAAGCUAGUCUUACUCCGAAUGAACAACUGUAAAAAGCUUAGGGGGCUUCCUGAAUCAUUUGGAGACUUGAAAUCUCUUCACCGUCUGUUCAUGCAGGAAACUUCGGUGACAAAGUUACCAGAAAGUUUUGGAAACCUUUCAAAUCUAAGGGUAUUGAAAAUGCUGAAGAAGCCUUUUUUUAGAAGUUCUGAAAGUGAAGAACCUCAUUUUGUAGAACUACCAAACUCUUUCUCGAACCUCUCGUCGCUUGAGGAACUGGAUGCUCGCAGUUGGGCAAUAUCGGGUAAAAUCCCAGAUGAUCUUGAGAAGUUGACGUCUAUGAAGAUACUGAAUCUGGGGAAUAAUUAUUUUCACAGCCUUCCGUCUAGCCUCAAAGGGUUAUCAAAUCUCAAAAAACUUUCAUUGUAUGACUGCCGAGAGCUCAAGUGUCUCCCCCCUCUUCCGUGGAGACUGGAGCAGCUAAUCCUUGCAAACUGCUUUUCAUUGGAGAGUAUAUCCGACCUUUCCAACCUGAAGUUCUUGGAUGAGCUCAAUCUCACAAACUGUGAGAAAGUGGUUGAUAUUCUAGGCCUAGAGCACUUGACGGCUCUGAAACGAUUAUACAUGAGUGGCUGUAACUCCACCUGCUCCCUUGCAGUAAAGAGAAGACUUUCCAAGGCUUCUUUGAAAUUGCUGUGGAAUCUGAGCUUGCCUGGAAACAGAAUCCCAGACUGGUUCUCACGAGGCCCUCUUACGUUCUCAGCUCAACCGAAUAGAGAGCUCAGAGGCGUAGUCCUUGCUGUUGUUGUGGCUCUUAACCAAGACACGGGAGAUGACUACCAACUGCCUGAUGUGUUGGAAGUUCAAGCCCAAAUUCUUAAACUUGGCCUAGCCUUAUACACCCACACAUUGCACCUCUCUGGAGUGCCUAGAACAAGUUAUGAUCAACUCCAUAUCUGCCGUUACUCAGAUUUGCACCCAAUGGUUAUGACAAUGAAAGACGGGUACACCAUCCAGGUGAUCAAACGAGAACCGCCGAUCAAAAAAGGCGUUAAGCUAAGGAUGCAUGGGAUUCAUCUGGUUUACGAAGGGGAUGAUGAUUUUCAAGGCGAAGAACAUUUGUUAACCGAGGCACAACGAACGGUCUCUCAGAAACUUGCCAAUUUUUUCCGCUUUUCCGAAGAAGGUGAAACCAGCUCAGAAAGUGACUCUACUGUUGCAUGAUGUUCUACCAUAGAGAAGUUAAGAAACUACACAAUCUUAUCAAUACAAACUGUUUGUUGUUCUCUUUUUUUCCCGUUUUUUUUUGACAUCAAUUUGUUUGUUUCUGCUCAUAUAAUAAGAUUUGGUGAUGUGGCUUUUGUGUUA